GCCUGCCCCCGCAGCCGGGAGCGCACGAGGGGCGGGCCAUGGCCGCUUACUGCCUGGGCUUGGCGGGCGCCGCUUCAGCACCAGCGGAGCUGGACAGCGCCUGCUGCAUGGAGCUGCCGGGGGCCGCGGGAGCAGCAGCCGCCCGGAGCCCCGCGGCCGCCGCGGCCGCCUUAGCCCCGCUCCAGGGCGGCCCGGGGGAGCUGGAGCUGGCGCUGGAGGAGGAGCUGGCUCUCCUGGCCGCCGCCGGGGAGCAACGGCAGCAGCAAGCCGGGGAGCAGGACGCGGGGCCUGCCCCGGCCGGGCAGCAGCCCGAGCUGCUCUCGCUGAUCAGGCAGAAGGAGAAGGACUUGGUGCUGGCCGCCCGGCUGGGGAAGGCGCUGCUGGCGAGGAACCAGGACAUCAGCCGGCAGUACGAGCGGAUGCACCAGGAGCUCACCGACAAGCUGGAGCAUCUAGAGCAAGAGAAACACGAAUUAAGGCGACGAUUUGAGAACAGAGAAGGGGAAUGGGAAGGAAGGGUGUCCGAGUUGGAGAGCGAUGUGAAACAGCUACAGGAUGAGUUGGAGAAGCAGCAGGUUCACCUUCGUGAAGCAGAUCGAGAAAAAACACGAGCUGUUCAGGAACUAUCUGAACAGAACCAAAGACUCUUGGAUCAGCUCAGCAAGGCAUCAGAGGUGGAGAGACAACUCUCAAUGCAGGUCCAUGCCCUUCGAGAGGACUUCCGGGAGAAGAACUCAUCAACCAGUCAACAUAUAGUACGACUCGAAAGUCUCCAGGCUGAGAUUAAGAUGCUUACCGAUAGGAAGCGGGAGCUGGAAUGUCGCCUUAGUGCCAUGAUGGAGGAAAACGAUCUGCUUCAGGGAACCGUGGAGGAACUGCAGGAGCGAGUGCUGGUCCUGGAAAGACAAAGCCAUGAUAAGGAUCUUCAGCUGCAUCAAAGUCAGCUGGAGCUCCAGGAGGUGCGACUGUCCUGUCGGCAGCUCCAGGGAAAGGUAGAAGAGCUUAGCGAGGAGAGAAGUCUCCAAAGUUUCAACACAACCAGCACAUCCCUGCUAUCUGAGAUUGAGCAGAGCAUGGAGGCAGAAGAGCUGGAACAAGAGAGAGAACAGCUGAGACUGCAGCUCUGGGAGGCCUACUGCCAAGUCAGGUAUCUCUGCUCUCAUCUCAGAGGAAAUGACAGCGCAGACUCUGCAGUCUCCACAGACUCCUCCAUGGAUGAGUCUUCAGAAACCUCAUCAGCCAAAGAUGUCCCCGCUGGCAGCCUACGUGCCGGUCUCAAUGAGCUGAAGAGGCUCAUACAAAGUGUUCUGGAUGGCACAGACUCCCCGAGUUCUCGGAGAAGUGAUGAUGAUGCCUUAGAAGAACAGAUCAGGCAAACAAGUGAGGACUCAAGAGCCCUGAGGGAGUUAAUGGAGGGAGAAAGAGGGAAGCUGAGGCAGAGCCUGGAGGAGCUGCAGAGACUUCACAGCCAGGUGAUGCUGCUGAGUGUGGAGAUGACUGCACUGAGAGAGGAAAGGGACAGGCUUCGAGGGUCAGCUGAAGAUAAGGAGACAAACGAACGGCUUCUGAAGGCCAUCAGGGAUCGAGAUGAAGCCAUUGCCAAGAAGAAUGCAGUGGAAAUGGAACUAGCCAAGUGCAAGAUCGACAUGAUGUCUCUGAACAGUCAGCUGCUGGAUGCUAUUCAACAGAAACUGAACCUCUCGCAGCAGCUUGAGGCAUGGCAGGAUGACAUGCACAGGGUCAUUGACCAGCAGCUGAUGGACAAACAUCUGAAGGAAUGGAGCCAGCCUGCUUAUUCCUUCUCCAAUGGCUACAGAGCAAAGCGGUGUGCAAGACCCUCCCCCGUGUUCAGGCCGGAGCAGCAGGGGGAUGAGCCCAUUGGGGCAGAAAGGAACCGUCUCUUUUCCUUUUUCAAGAAAAAUUAAUUUGAAAGGAGAAAUAUUUCCAAUUAUUCCUGCUUAGAGCUGGGGGCAACUGCCCAGCUUCCUAAUGGACCUGAAUCUGAUCCAAAAGGAAAAACACAAAGGGUGAAGGAAUUAACCCUUGAGACUGCACUAUUUACAAUCCACCUGGUCUGAACAAAAUGUUUACAUGAAUUGGAGAUUUGCAGUUUGACAAUGUGAUACCAACUGAGAGCAACUUUUCUUAUUCCUUAAGCAAAGUGAUAAACUUCAGGGUACGUUUUAGGCGUUUUGACACAGGCCCCUCAGUUUCUGCUGUGAAGAAUAAUCCAAUUGUCUUAAACUCAUUCUCUCAUGCUGGAGAAGGAAAUAAGCAACCCCAGGACAAGGCAAUACAGGGGACUGACUACUGGCAUCACAGUAAGAGUAGGGGAAAGGAGUGGCCUUCAUACAACCUCCAGUCCUGGCAGCUGGGCUGUCCUGCAGAUUACACAGGCUGUAGUUGCAUUGGUCCUGGAAACGUAACAUGUUUACAUGGCUGUAGCUUACUCUAUGGGGGAAGUCCUUAUUGUCCUCUGCAUAUGACUGGAAGUCUUUAUUCCCCCUGGUGCUCUCCAUAGCUACUCCUACUGCAUCAGGAAUCCAGAUCCCUUCCAGCUCUAGCAGAUUUACAACUGCACUAUGCUAAAAGGUGAAUCUAGCUCCCUGUUGGUCAGUUCCAGACACGCCCCCCGCCCCCAAGUAUUGAGGAUUUGAUCAUCGGGGAGCACCUACAACUCAACAUGCAGUGAAUGGGAGUUGUGAAUGUUCAGUACUCCUCAUGUACCAACUCUUCCCUUAGCCUUAAGUCUGGCUGGGGAAGUUCAGUGUAGCUCAGCCUUCGGGCCAAAGGCCUUGUGCAUCUUCCUAGUGAAAUCAAUAGCCAAAAAUCUGAGUCACUUCAAUGGGAAUAAGGACUGGGCUCCAAUGACCUGCCAUCUCAAAGUCCCGAGCACCUAAAACUGAUGGAUUUGAAUAGGAAUGGGUUGUUGUGUGUCUGAAAAUCAGGUCCUAGGUGUAGCUCUUCCACUGCUCAGCAUUGCUGCAGUAGCUUUAGUUAUAGGGCUGAUCUUCAGGGCCAACCGUAGCUCCUGUGAAUAUGUUUUCUGCUACUCAGGCCUUGAUGGUAGAAGUUUGGAUCCCCUUAUGCUCAGUGUCGCUGUAGACUCUCCCCUUGUAGUGAGAAGGCUUUGAUCAGCCUGGUGUGAGGAGUAUGGUCAUGCUGCUACUCUACAUAUACGCACACACUUUGGUGCUAGAAGUCCUGCAGCAUGUAGGAGAUUAGUAGUAGGGUUGGUACCUUCUGCAGGCCAUAUAAGUACCACUUAGAGCUCUUCCUUUAAAAUUACUUUCCCACCAAUGAAAUAAGCAUUUCCCCGUUAGAGAAAGCUGACGCUAGCAUGUUUAAGCAACAGCCUGUUCCAGAAGGGUUUUAUGCUGCUGUCACCUUUUCAUUUCCCAAUUGCCGGUCUCCUACAGUCCUCUCCAAGCUGCGUACGCAGCAUGUGUGUGGGUGAGGAGGGGAAAUGUAUAGCCAUGAGAGAGCGUAUAUGCACCAUCCUAAGGAAAGGGGCUUAAGUUAUGCAAUGAAGAUGCAGUGAUAAGAAAGGUGCCUUUUGUUGCAUGUUCACUGGGAGGGGAGAGUGGACGUGGGUCACAGUUGCUUAGGCUAGUGAUCGAAAUUCACAGCAUGGCUCUUCGUUUAAGGAAGAAGCUAGUCCUUAAUCUCUUUGCAAUAUUUUUUUUCCAGUAGGAAGGUUGAGAGAGGAAAGCAAGCAUAUUUCGAGCUGAUGGUUGGGCAUGGGAGCUAUUCAGCCCAGAACACGGGGAGGACAGAGCUUAUGAACCAGGGACCAGGGCAGAGGAAGUUGUCCUUAUGCUGAGCUGCUGUUGCUCAACUGCAACAAAACUAGCUUAACACCAGAUAGAUACUGUUUUAUGCAUCAGUACAAUGUCUCAGCAAGAUGUUCCCAAAGUGUCACGUAGUUAAUGCUCUGCUUUAAGUGUCCUAAAUGUUUCAUCGUCCCUUAAACCAGUGGUGGGCAACCUGCGGCCCGUGGGUGGCCCAUCAGGGUAAUCCACUGGGGGGGCUAUGAGACAGUUUGUUUACACUGACCAUCUGCAGGCACAGCUGUCCGCACCUCCUAGUGGCAGCGGUUUGCUGUUCUGGGCCAAUGGGAGCUGUGGGAAGCAGCAGCCAGCACCUCCCUGCGGCCUGUGCUGUUUCCCACAGCUCCUAUUGGCCAGGAACGGUGAACCGCGGCCACUGGGAGCUGCGGGCAGUCAGUGUAAACAAACUGUCUCACAGCCUGCCAGCGGAUUACCCGGACAGGCUGCAUGCGGCCUACAGGCCACAGGUUGCCCACCACUGCCUUAAACUGUCCUUGAGCACUCACCAUCAAAGACAGCACACCAUCAAAGACAGCACUUGAUGGAUUAAGUCCAGGCUCCUUUCACUGCCUAUGAGGGUUGAACAUGCCAGCGCCCCCUCCCCCCCAGGGCAGCUGACACUUACAAACCUAUUGAAAAAGGUCACUUGGAGGGAGAACACUAACCGGAAGAAGCCCAGCAAAGUAGAUUCCGUAUCCCAGGCAAGCAUCAGCAUACAGGGAUUAUACCACUGCCCAGGAAUUGGAUCUGCAGCAGUGAACACCACUACAAAAUAUUUUCACCCAUCAGUACUUAAGGGACCGUUCCAGGCAGUAUGGCAGGGAUGAGACAUGCACCUUGUACAACAGUUGCACAGUUAAAGGAUGGAGGCUGCACAUUUCACACAACUGCACGACAAUUACAAAGCAAUCUCGCUGCCUCUGUGGGAAAACAAGGAAAAUUUUUUUUGCUAGCUAGGGGGAAGCUCCCUUUAACAAAGUCUACAGCUGGGGCCUACUGUUAUAUAUGAGACUCGAGCAUAGUACAGAAAACAAAUACAAAUAAAUGUAGAUUCAAGUCAAGUCACUCGCACUUUACUAUCUUAACACACACCUAGAUCAGCAAGGUACCAUUCAACAAGAAAACGAGAUCCAUUUAAGAAGAGAAACUGAGGACUGAAGUCUACGGCACAACUUGUGCAGAGCAGCAAUAAAGUGGGCUUACUGGCAACAGUACACGCACAAGGACGUCAGGUGAUGUGUUUAGGCCUUACCCUAUCUAGGAUUGAUGGUGGAUUCUGGACAUCCAGCAAACCCUCUUUACCAUUCCCACUUCACUGCAAAGCAAGAUUGUUUUAACCAAAAGCUUAGAGGUACAAGGGACGUGCCUGGGUAAGACAGUGAAGUGACAGUCCCCAUAGACUGAAAGUGAAAAAGCACACAGCAGGGACAAACAGAAAGAAUGUAUCUAUAGAUAUGUACAUACCAUAGUGCUGUAAUUUUUGUACGUAGCAGUAAUGUAAAUAAGUGUAUGGGUUUUAUAAGAUACGUAUUAUAUACAUCUAUAAAGGCAUAUUUUUAGUAAAAACAAUGCUCCACAGCUUCUUUUGUAAAUAGUUCUCUUCAGAAUAAAAUGGAUCAUUUCUAUGGUACUGUC